ACGGGAAAGCCUCUUUGUCCGACUCCAAGUUGCUGUCGGACAGUUGACAACUCAAGCAUCAUUUGCUUCGUGCAGCCAUUGGAGGAAACAUCCACGUGACAUAAAGGAUGGAAGUUCUGAGCAAGUGUCUGGCGAUGAUCUGAGACACAGCGCGGGACUCAGCGGAGGCCAUAUCCCGGAACUACCAGCGCGCACUUACUUUUCCCAAACACGCGCUAAUGCUGGUGAUGUCAGCCGUGUCUCAAGUGAGAUUUACGCUCCCUGGAGCUCCCCGGAGCCCUCGGACAGAGGUCCAAACGUUGCUGGAGAUGCUGGCUCGAGUCAGUGUGAACCAAGUGAGUUUUCCCCUCACUGGCUUUCAACGGAGCACAUACACCCCUGGAUGAGAGAGGCGCGAGCAACCCAGAAACAGAAGGUGGCCAACUUUACCACAAAGACAGGUGAAGCAGAUUGCGGUUCUGAUGGAACCCAUCUCCUGGAGACGGGCAGGAUUGGCGGCUUCAAGGGGAAUGCCAAGCGAGCACGCACAGCCUUCACCACCUCGCAGCUGCUGGAGCUGGAGAAGGAGUUCCACUUCAGCGCGUACCUGUGUCGCCCGCGGCGACUGGAGAUGGCCUCUCUGCUGAAACUCAGCGAUCGGCAGAUUAAGAUCUGGUUUCAGAACCGCCGCAUGAAGUGCAAGAAGGACCACAAGGACAAAGUGAUGGCGGUGGGGAGAAUGAAUGCCCCCACAGCAGACAUGUAUCAUAGCAGUCCAGCUCAUCUCCCAUCUCAGCCCCCACACAAGACUAUUUACACCUGUGAGAGAGGUGACAUAUCUUUACCAUCCCAUAAAUACGUCCUCUGUGAGAUACCUCAUCAUGCCCCAAAGUUAAGCACUGGCUAUUAUUUGCCUGUGGCAACCCAUUUGGAUAAACCCAGAAGCAUUAGACACAUCGGCAGAGGGACACCUAUGGACUUGGAUAUCUCCCAGCCUAUUUUCAGUGUUCAGGACCACGGAUCGGAUCCUUCCGUGGCAUUUUGGCUCGGCGGGUCACACUCGGCCUCAGAGGGGGACAUCAGCACACACCAUCAACAGGUUCAAGGGUUCUCUCUGGCUUCCCAUACACUCACACACCUGUAAAAAAAAAACUUGUAUGUGCUGUGCACCAAAACUCUCCACAGGCGCGUAUGUCUGUCAGAUCCCAGCCAAUAGCACUAACUCUCCCUGACAUGGUGUCCAGUCUGCAGCUUCACACACUCCUACGAGGACUGGGCCUCUCAAACUGUCAGGUCUGUCGUGAGGGGCCAGUAUUUGUAGUUCAGAGGAUGGUGAUUUAGAGGGAAAUGUUAACUUUAAUAAACUCCAUACCUGGAGUGUUUCAGGGAGGGUGCCGAGAGGAGCCUUCGACUCGUUAUCAGUGUAUGAAUGGGAGGUUCUGGCUGCGGACACUGUUGGCUCUCCUUGAUAUAUUGCCCUUGGCUUGUUGUGUAUGGAUCCAGGCCAACUCCCAUGUUUUUAUUUGUGCAACCCAGAAAAAAUAUAUUACGAAAGGGAGGCCUUGUCAUCAUCUUAAGGCUUACAUGUAUCUUUUUGUUUUGCAAAUAUUAAAGUACAAUUCCAGGAUGUGCAUAUUUCAGUGGUUUGACGUAAUCCAUCACAAACCUUAUUGGUAAGCUAGUAUGGAUUUUGUAUGAUAAACAGCCAGUUCCAAGUUGAACUGAAAAAGAGCAAAUCGACUGAACUGAACUUUCCUGUCUUGUGCCUCAUUUGAACAUCGGGGAAGAGAUCGGUCUUAUCAAGCUCUAUGGGUAUUUGUAUAAUCAAGGCAACUUCUGAGAACUACAGCCGUUAUUAUUGUCACAUUGACAUUGACGUAAAUGCAUGUUUAAUGUAUUUGCUAUAUGCUCUAGUUUAUGCAUUUCCCGGGGAUUUUAGAAAGCUUAAUAUACCAUGUUUUAUGGAAGGGAAAUUGAAAUAUCUCUAGCAAUAUUAUUACCAGAAUAUGGGGAUGAUUUUGCUUGUGUAUAUGUUCUAUGGCUUUGUCAUUUCGAGAGUAUAAUUAUUCUCUUGUUUUGGGGACUAUUGGUGAAAUGUACAUGAAGCAGGGUUUGAUAAUGGCUUAUGAUAAUGGCUAAUGAUUUCCAUUUUGUGUAAUAAAAGGAUGGUGGGCCAUAAAAAACAAUAA